CGAGCACUCCACACGCUUGCUCAAUGAGGAGGCUACAUUGAGUCUGGUGGUUUGGGCAUUUCUGAUUGGGACAUUUAUUAAAAAGAUAUUUUUUUUCAUUGGCUACUAAUGAGACACCAGAAAAUAAAAAUUAUUUUCAGGCAUUACCAAUCUCUACUGCUACCUUUGAUAUAAAGUCACUGGAUGCAGGUGUCAGGAAACAACUGCAGCAGAUGAUGCUGAAUGUGUCACAUUUGUGAUUUCAGGUCCCAGUGACGUUUGAUGAGAUCUCCGUCUAUUUCAAUGAGCAGGAAUGGGGGAAUUUAGAUGAAUGGCAGAAGGAGCUUUACAAGAAUGUGAUGAAGAGCAACUAUGAGACUUUACUCUCACUGGACUAUGCAAUUUCCAAACCUGACAUUCUGUCCAGGAUUGAACAAGGGGAAGAGCCAUGUGUCAGGGAUCAAGGGGACCCAGAGGAAAGGGAAGUGUCUACAGACACCAAGACAGAAUCUCCCAUUUCCACACAUAUUUUACCACGAAUUAAGCAAGAGGAAGAGCCACAUAUUGGGGAUCAGCCAGUUUCAGAACCAAAAGAGAGCCUUCCAGAGCGCAGCACCAGCGAGUAAUUAAACCUGCUUGGAUGCAAUGAAUGAGUAAAAUGCUGGAAAUGCCAACAAAAUUUUGAUGAGCUCUUAAAGGUUCUACCUUUUUCUCAUGUAUUUUCGUUUUGUAACCAGAACUUGACAUACUUUCAUCUCCGACCUCAGUCCUGGCUUCCUACCACGCCUGGCUGACUUUGGGCAUUGUAGCUCUCUCAUCAUCUGAUUUAUUCCCACCCUCCCCGUUUUCAGGUGAAGAGGCUUUCUUUAAAAACCAAGCAUUUUAUUUAAAUCCCUGUCUGGAUUCUAUAUGUGGCAGGGACUUUCGUACUUUGUGCUUUGUCCGGUUCAGAGAGCAGCCUCUAGAUGCUAACAUAUGCAAAUAAUAAUAAUUCUUUAUUCUAUCAGCCAGGGCUUUGGAACAGAGCCCGAAGCUGGAGCGCAGAGCAAUGAAGCUGCAGGUUUUUGCCUGGAGCUGGAGUGGAGCCGGAGCACAGAAAAUCUUGACUGCUCCAGUUUCUUUUUUCAUUUUCAAUCCAAAAUGAAUGAUGUUUA